AACGUCUGGGGAGAAAGUGAGCGAUGCCACAGCAAUAAAGCUGUAUGGUCAGGUUCCCCCUAUAGAGAAGAUGGAUGCUUCUCUCUCCACACUCACCAACUGCGAAAAACUGUCUCUGUCCACAAACUGCAUAGAGAAAAUAACCAACCUAAAUGGCCUGAAGAACCUGAGAAUAUUGUCAUUAGGUAGAAAUAACAUAAAGGCACUAACUGGGCUGGAGGCAGUAGGAGACACCCUGGAAGAGUUGUGGAUCUCCUAUAACUUGAUAGAAAAACUGAAGGGAAUCCAGUGCAUGAAGAACCUGAAAAUCCUCUACAUAUCCAACAACCUGGUGAAGGAAUGGGGAGAGUUUGUGAGGCUAGCUGAGCUACCGUGCCUUGCAGACCUGGUGUUUGUUGGAAAUCCCCUGGAGGAGAAGCAUUCAACUGAGGGCACUUGGAUGGAUGAAGCUUCUAAAAGGCUUCCUAACCUGAAGAAACUAGAUGGAACCCCAGUCAUUAAACAGGAAGCGGAAGAAGGAGAUGAAGAAAGCUGAGAAGCAUGAAGUUCUACAAAGUUACAAGCUCCUAAGAGUUUUCCCCUGGAAUCUAUUUUGUACGUCAUUGGUUUUGUAUGGUUUGUCAUGUUGCUGUUCUUUAUAUAAAAUGUGAUUCUUACAACAGCAAACCUGUUGAAGAUCAAGAAGCACAACAACAUUUACAAAUACAAAUACACAGAAUGUGUAUAAUUGAAAAUAAGAAAGGGUUUUUAAGACAGGAAAAGCACAUAUCUUAAUGUUAUUUACAACUUUAGCAUUAUAAUUCGGUUUUUUGCUAAUCCUUCAAAACAAAAAGAAUUUCAAAGCUUAUAUUUCAUAGUAUCCUUGAUUUUAUAUACAUCAACCCUUAUAGACAGAAGUAAAGCACAGCAUAGCACACACAUUAGUGAACCUGACUGUUCUCAGUUCAUAACACGUCCACAGAGAAAAGGCCAGUCACAAACACCGUUAAAAUGGAUUAUUGUUCUUCAUUUACAUGUCAUUUUGUAUCAACGACAUGACAUUUCCAGCAAAUAGUUGCAUCUUGCUAUGGUACCAUUACCUAAACAGCACACAGUGUUUUCUUAGUUAUCUGAAUUCAGGAUUAGUUGAAAUUGAUUUUACUCAGGUAGUAAGUAGCAGCAUUAAAACAGAAGGUUAAAUUUGUGUCUACUCCAUUUCUAAUGGUGACCAUCUAAACUUACAUGAUCAAAACAUCCACUGUUUCGUAUGGUACUGUGUUGUUUGACAUCUGGCUUUAUACUGUAAUACUGUGGUCACACAUAUAUGUCUAAAUGUGAGUGUAUUCUGCUCUAACAUGAGCAUGCAUUGUAAUAACAAAUAGUGUCUAUUAUUUUGAAGGGCAAAAAAGGGCAAUGUUUUAAAUGUAUUUUCAUGUUUAAAUUAUUAUAUAGGACAUGUUUCUACUUAAAGUUAUGAGAUGUUUAUGAUUU